UUGAAUUGCUCAAACCCUUGAUUUGAUGCUGAAAGAAAGCAAAGCAAAGAUCAGAACCCAGAACCAGGGAGAUCAAGAGAAAUUGAAAGAGGAAGAGAGAGAGUGGUUAACUUUUUGUUUGGUCUAGUCGAGAAAGAAGGAGGGCCUGCGACUGUAACUAGGAGGCAACCCCCGCCGCCCCUUCCGCCAUUCUUGAGCUUCUUUUGCAUUUGGGGGUUCCUCUAUAUUUUUGUUCGUUUUCUAUUUGUAUAUACAAAUUCUUUUAUUAAUAUAAUUAUCUCGAGAGAGAGAGAGAGGAAAAGAAAGAGAAUUUGAGACAAAGAAGAUACCAAGGAAAGAAAAAUGUCGAAGAAGAAGGCUUUCAGUGGAAACACUAUGACUUUAAAAGAUUUUCAUGGCGGUUCAAUCCCUACUGAUCUCCCUCUCCCUUCUGCCCCUGGCGUGAACAGGAUUAUUAGGCCUUACGAUCGUUCAGGUUAUGAUAGGGCAACGUUGUGGGGAAACUCCAUGAGCCGGGCAGAUCAUCGUGCCCGGCCCAGUUCGUCUCCUGCAACUAGGCAUUUGGAUAAUAAAACCCCAUUUCUGACCAAUUCAGUGCAUAUUGGUCGAAAUUUUGAUGAGGAUGAAAGAACGCCGUUAGAUGGGGUUUCUGCUCCGCGUAGAACUGUUAGUGAUGAGAGUUUUCAGGUUCCGGCUAGACAUGUGGAGCUCAAGCUGGAGUCUGCUUUUUCGGGUAGGGUUUCAGGUCGAUAUGGAUCAUCUCCGGUGUCUCCAUUGUCAAGUGGAGGGGGGCAUUCAUACCCUGGUAGAGUGUCUGAAGCUGCACAUAUUGGUUUGAGUUCUCAGACUUCGGGGUGGAAUGCCGGACAGGCUGCUUCGGGGUCGUACCCUAAUGCUUGGACAUCUAGGAAGGAGGUGACAUUAAGUGACCUGGAGCCUGUACAAUCGGCCUGGUCUGAGCAAAGUGCUGCCUCGAAGUUGGCUCAUGCUAGUGCUUUUGAAAAGGUUUCUUCGGGUCGAUGGCAGUCAAAGCAGUCCCUUCAAACUCAGAAAGAUGUCGAAGUUAGUAAACAUUCGGAACUGGAAAAUGGUUUGCCCUCCCAGGGUUACGGUGAUAAAAUGUACAGCAGAAUGAGUAGUGCCUGUGGUAGGGAGUAUUCGGAUGUAACAUUGCCAAGGCAUGUAGAAAAGGGAUUGAAUAUUGACGAAGGAAUUCAUGGUGGUAGAAAGGAGUUACCUGACUAUGGGAGGAACCAUAAUCUUAAUUAUUUGGAAGUUAAAGAAAAUAAAUCAAUGAUCCAUGGUGAAGGAGUUGGAUCAACUCAUUCAGAUGGAAAACUAGAUGGUUAUGAAUUGCUGUCAUCACCACCAAUGCUGCUAGAAGCAUCUGAACGACCCAAGUUGAAGUUACAACCCCGGACUAAGCCAUUAGAUGGUCCAAAAUCACCUGUUGUUGAACCUAAGCAGGGGCACCAGCGCCAGAGUGAAUCUGUCCUUACUCGUGCUGGAAUUGGUAACAAUGCACAUGUGUAUACUUCAAAACCUUGUCUAGCUGGUAGUGAGAGUUGGAACCAGACAGUGGAUCGUCCGAAGCUUAAUUUAAAGCCAUUUUCGCAUCUCAACGAACUAUUAGAAGGGGACAUCAAGAAGGAAAGGAAUUCGAUGUUUGGUGGUGCUCGCCCACGAGAACUGGUUCUGAAGGAGAGAGGGAUAGAUGAUAGCAAUCACGGGCCAGUUCAACAUCUUGAGAGGGUCAAACAUAAUGUUCCGAUGACUGAAAAAGCUCUUCCCCAUGGUGAAAGAGUCGAGAAUAAUCCUGUUGAUCAGAGAGGUGGAAAAAAACACGAGAGGAACCAUCGUGAUGACAACUGCAGAGUUGAUAUGCAGAGGAGAAACCGGCGGAAUGGCCGGGAAACUGAAAGGCUGCAGCAGCAGCAGCAGCAAAGGAGAGGCAGCCUUCACCCGAGACCUGGCGUAAGCCUGCAGAGAAUAUUAAACCAGUAUCUACUCAGUCUCCCGGGUUACGCUACGGAAAAGUUACAUCAGCGGUGGAACUUGCGCAGGCCUUUUCAAAAUCAUUCUCUGAUCAGAAGAUAGACGAUGAAUAUGGUGGGCAAAGGGGAAGUCUGGGGCAGACCCAGAUACCGUUUUCUCGGCUGAUGGGUCCAAGUCCUAGGCCGCGGAUAAAUGGCUACUAAUUUUGAUAGCAGAUGGUAAUUGGUCUUUGUGCAGUCGGGUAACUGAGUUUUGUGUUUUCAUUUCAUUUUAAAAGAAUUUCAGGAAAAUCAAAUUGUUUGAAUAUGAAAUCACUUAUGAUUGUUUAUGAUGGGAAUU